AGAUGAAAUAUUCUAUGUUUGCCCAGAUGAGACUAUAGAAAAGACUGAAUACACAGAAAGAUAUAGAAAUGCUUCCUAACCAAGAGCCUCGUGAGCAUACAGAAAUAGUUCCAAUGGAUUUUCUCAGGCAGAGGCCGAAAUCGGCAACAAUGAGACUAAAAAAUAUAGACACCUCCUUGAGUGAUCGGAGAAUCACUUUCCCUACCGUAAAGUCAGCCGUCAGUCAGUUCGUUCAAAUUAACAGCCGCAACCGCAGUGCUGGGACUCGAACGUUAGCUGUUUCAUUGCCAGACCCGGAUUCUCCAUGUGAGCACAGUUUAGUUGAAAAUACAGGUGUGCGCAUGCGUUAUACUCAUGGGGUACCUUGCGAUGUGGAUCUCUUGAGUAAAGAACGACAACAGACAAUGACUCAACUUUACCAUGAGUUGGCGAUGGAUUCAGUGGAUGUCGUGUUCGAUGCCAACGACCCCGAAUCCCGAAGAAGCUGUUCGCCUAAGAAAAUAAUUGCCGGAAGUCCAGCUCUACUGGGUAUGCAAGCGCAAAUUCAUUCUCUGACGGAGACUUUUGCUCGUCAAUGUAAGAUACCAAAAAGCAGAUCAUUGCCAGAUUCUGCUUGUUUCCACAGUAUUCAGACUAUGACGUCACCUGAGAAUCAUCAAUCAUCACAGACUGUUCAAGAUGCAACAAAGGAAAAUAAGCUUAGCAAAACAAAAGACGAUGUAAAUUUGGAGUAUGAGAAACUCCCACCCGUUGUAACUCCACCACUAAAUGGGAACGAAACUCCAAUACUCAAAGACAAUGGCACUGAUCGCCGACACACAUGCAAGAAGAAAGUCACCAAGAGCAAACAAAGUAAGAAAAACAAGAAAAAAGAAGCAGAAGACCAUCACGAUUUUGUUGUUACGGACGGAAUCAUUAAUCCGGCCAUCCACAGAGACGCUUACAUCCGGGCGUUACAGGACGCUCGGUCAAAGUAUUUCCGAAAAACCUUGCCCGAUUCCCUCGUCACGGAACCUUACAAGUUUUCUUAUUUUGAUGUGACAAAUAAGAACGAGAGGGGGAAACCACCAAAAGAAAGAGAUUUCCGGAAUUAUGUCGGUAUGAAACGAAUAUUUGGUGACAUUCGAUUGGAUGAUUACUAUUCUCUUAGAUAUACAGGGAAAUACAUCAGCAAAAAACCAGAAGUUAGGACCUUACUGAAGGACAAUGUGCAAUAAAACAGGAUUCCCUUUAUGGUGCUCUAAGCUACUGGGCUUGUAAAUGGUUUAUGCUAAAUCCUGUGCACGACAGAGAUUUCUUUUUAUACAUGUAGCUAUGCACAUAUAUUUAUCGUACCUUUGAGAAAAUUUCCCUGUCACAUCAUUUGAUAGAAUAUCAGUGCUUCACUUUAUUGGAGGUUGUGACGAUUUGAAAUUAGACUCAAUAAAUGGAAUUUUCAUAAAACAAGAAAAUUAAUGAAGACGUAACUGUUCAGUAUUCAUAUACCUGUAAUUUAAUUCUGUUGACUGAUUAAAGAGUAUGUCUUUUUAGAUAUGUAAGUCGUACUGCCAUGGGAUGCACUGGAUUUAUGUCAUUAAUUUUUUCAUUAACCAAAUAUAUAUGUUUGUAUAUUUUUCAGCAAGAGUUAUGGGCUAAUGGCCUAUGUGCCAUUCAUGUCUUGUGUGAAGACUUGUACAGUGUUCUACAGUACUACUUCAGUUUUA